AUGAAGGCUUACUGGUACGAUAACAAGCCGGGCGACCAGCGCGAACCCCACGACGACGGUCGUCCCGUCGACGAAGCUUACCUCGCCUCUCUGGGUGUCUUCUACAAGUACUGCCCGAGCAUCGAGGACGUCGACGCCCUGGCCGCCGAGCGCGGAUACAAGAACCGCGAUGAGGUCACCGUGUCCCCCAAGACCAUGGGCGAUGUGUACGAGGAGAAGGUGAAGAUGUUCUUCCACGAACAUCUCCACGAGGACGAGGAAAUCCGCUACAUCCGGGAUGGUGAGGGAUACUUUGAUGUCCGUGGCAAGGAGGACGAGUGGGUCCGCAUUAAGUUGGUGAAGGAUGAUCUGAUUAUUCUCCCCGCGGGUAUCUACCAUCGCUUUACGACGGAUGAGAAGAACUAUGUCAAGGCUAUGCGUCUCUUCCAGGAGGAACCCAAGUGGACUCCCUUGAACCGUAGCAACGAACUGGAUGAGAACCCGCACCGUGUGUCUUACCUCGGUAGUCUGGGUAAGGCUGCUGUUGCUGCUGUUUAA